AUGGGCGACGAACAGGGGGUGCUAGAUCGUGAGGUGGAGGAGAUACUUCGACAAGCGCCAGAUGUCUUGGGAGCGUCCGCGCGCCUGACGGAAAAUGUUGGUCACACGUCUGGCUCAAUGCUGGAAUUUGGUAACAAGGUGAACGAGUGGGCAAAGUCAUUCCCUAACAAUUGCAUCGUACACGUAUACGUGUGUUUGGAGAAUCAGAAAAGCAGUGGAGAGUUGGCCGCCGCUGCGGAACGACGACAAGCUACUGAGAGGAGGGCGGCGGCUAUCAUAAAGGAGACGAAGGCCAACCGGGCUCGAAUGCUGUCAACCAACGACGGAAGCCGCGCGCACCAGACCAUCGCUCCUCCGAGGCCCAGCGAAUACAAUCCGUCAGAAGUCGGAGUCGCCAGCCGCCUCAUCACCGCGAGAGAAGCCCCCAGCGGUACGAGCAAAGAGCGCCUUCCGAAUACCGCCAGCGCGACGACAGGCUCCUCCGAUCCGAGUAUCAAAGUCGAGGGGCAUCGCGAUAUGAAGCAGGCCCUGCCGGGUACAGUCAAAGGGGGUCUUCUGAAGACGGUGCCACUCGACAGUGGGUUCAAUCGCAAGAGAACCGCCAGUGAACCGCCAGUCGUCUGGGCCUGCCCUCGUAUGGCCCAAGAAGCUCCAUUGAACAAGGAAAGAAAGGCUGAGUUCGAGACUCGUGGCAUGGAGGUUUUCGAUUACGAAAUGAGGUUCAAGAAGACUGCCGUCUGCGGCUCAUGUGGGCACAAGCACCAUUUUCUUCCCGACUGCCCGAGGCCGGAUGCGACAACCGAUUGGCUUGCGGUUUGCCCAUUGUGUAACAACAAGAAUCACAAUUGGGAUGAUUGUGAGCGCGCCAGGCGCCUCCCCUGGAAGCAGCAGUACGAGCUGAUGUUCCUGCGCCGCAUCAACAUGCCCCCCAUCCUUUCCAGAAAGCCUUGGAUCUUGUGGGAGAAGGAGAGAAUCGAUCGGGGCAUCAAGCAGAGGCAGCUUGACGGCAUGUACCCUUAUACUUUGGGCUAUGUCGCGGAGUUGAAGACGAAGGCGACCCCUCACUGGGUCACCUACCAGCCCACGCAAUUGAAGACGCAAAGAAUGGAUAUAUUCCCCAGAGAUUCCGCGACCUUCCGCUACCGGCCUGAGCAGCUCGUCAACUAUGCUCCCUUGCUCGAGGAAGACUAUACGCCCACCGACAACACGUCCCAAGCGGCCGCCGCGCUUCCGUUGCCUCAAGGCGGCCCCGUAACGUUGCCUCAAGGCGGUCCAGUGCCGCUGAACACUGCCGAUGCCUCCAUGGAGGUUGACAGUGUUGGCCCAGUUUCCAACCCGGCCGCGCCCCCCUUGGUGCAAAGUGAGAACACGUCGACGGUGUCUCAUGGGGAAGCUAUGGAGGGUGUCGACAACACGGGCGUCGCGCCCCCGGUGGCGGCUACCGCGCCCCCCCCCGAGGUUUCGGAUGAUGCUUUCGCGGCCUCCUACCAGGCUGUCGAAGAUCUCCAGGCCUCCCAGGCGAGCGAGAAGGCUUUCAAUCUGGAAGCCCUGGCCAAGGAGAUCCCCGCGAAGCCAGUCGCACCGACAAAGCCUCCAAUCGAUGGUGAUGGGGAUUUGAUAAACUACAGUGACGAGGAAGUAGUCUAUGAUCCGAAACCGCUCGCGAAGUCACCAAAGAAGAAGGCAGCGGCCAAGGCAGCGCAAGAGACGCCAGUCGAGGAAGAACUGUGAUCAAAUCUUUGGUCCGAGGCGAAGCCCCCAACUGGGAGGUACUGGAUGGAUGAGCGAGCCCUCUACUGAGAGGCGUGGUUGAGCAUGGAUGAGCCAACUGAGAGGCGUGGAUAGGCCCCGACUGUGAGGCAUGGAUUGGCCCCCUACUGGGAGGCGUAAUGCAGAAUGAAUUGAAUUCGCAUUACAAACAUACUUCUCAUGUGACAUGUACUGUUUCCUGUUUCCUGUGACCCUGUUGAAUUGACGUGAUCUGAGUGCUCUGUAGAUAUAUCAGUGC